AUGUCAUUCUUCCGCAUAACCCUCCACCGCAGCGCCAUCGGCCUGCCCAAGCGCACCAACGGCGUCCUGGCCGCCCUCGGUCUCCGCCGCCGCAACCAAACCGUCUUCCACCCGGUGGAGCCUCAAUUCGCCGGCAUGCUGAUGAAAGUCAAGGAGCUGGUCAAGGUGGAAGAAGUGCCCGUACGCCUGACCAAGCGCGAGCUGAAGGACGAGCGCAAGUUCGACACCGGGUUCGUGGUGGAGAAGCAGGUGAGGCGGUUCGUUCCCGGCAGGGGCGUGGUGGAGGAGGUUGAUUUCACCCAGGUUGUUGAGACCCUGAAGGCGCAGAAGGUCGAGAACGUCGAGGGCGUGGAGAAGAUGGUUGUUGAGGGCGGUGGUGUUGUUGCGAGGGAUGGCAAGAGGGCGAAGGAUUUGGGUGUCAGGACGAGGGCUGAUUGGGAGCUUAUUGGCAAGACGAGGCACGCGGUACCUAAGGUUAAGGCUCUUUAA